CCGGCGACGACAGGCGGAUCAAUUUGUUGGUGAAGAGUUUCAUCAAGUGGUGCAACUCCGGGUCUCAAGAGGAAGGUUACAGCCAGUACCAACGAAUGCUGAGCACUUUAUCGCAGUGUGAAUUUUCAAUGGGAAAAACUCUCCUGGUGUAUGAUAUGAACCUGAGAGAAAUGGAAAAUUAUGAAAAAAUCUACAAGGAUAUAGAAAACAGUAUAGCUGCAGCACAUGAGAAGAUUUCUGAAUGCAAAAAACAAAUCCUGCAAGCAAAAAGGAUUAGAAAAAAUCGCCAGGAAUAUGAUGCAUUAGCCAAAGUCAUACAACAGCAUCCAGACAGACAUGAAACACUGAAGCAGCUAGAAGCUUUGGGAAAAGAACUGCAACAUCUUUCUCACAUUAAAGAAAAUGUUGAAGAUAAGUUGGAGCUGAGAAGAAAGCAGUUUCAUGUUCUGCUGAGCACCAUCCAUGAACUUCAGCAAACCCUGGAAAAUGAUGAAAAGCUUUCAGAAGCUGAAGAAUCUCAGGAAACUCAGAUGGAAACAGAGACUAAACAGUAGAUGUGACAUGAAGACU